GCCCGAGCCUUUAAAAUCGCACCGAGGCGCUGCGCGCGCAGAGAAGCGAUGUGCUUCCGCCCGCGUGGGAAAAGUAGUCCCGACGCGGUGGUUGAAGUCCGGCUCCGAGCUGGCAGCGAGGGGAAGGGCCGCGGCGGGAGGGCGACGUACGGGCAGCGGGAGCGCUCCCGGGCCGUCUGCGGCUUUUUUUUGGGGGGGUUGGGGGCGGGCCGCGCUGAGGUGAGGUGCGGAGGGAUCCGAGCGGCCUGGGGCAGCGGUGAUGCGGCCGUGUGAGGGAGCUGGCGGCGGCUGAGCGGGCUGAGGGUACGCAGCGCGGCCGGCCCGGGGCGCUGCCGCCGGCAGGACAUCUUCCCUCAGCAAGGCCACCUGUGUCUGAUGGCAAGGGGCUGCUCAGUGAACUGAGAAGACGCGUGACUUCUGAAUGAAAGCAGUAACUGGCCCUCGGUUACUGGAAUCAUUUCAAGUGUUCUUUGUUCCUGACACCACAUGAAUUUUAGGGGGAGAGAAACCGAAUCUCAGGUUGCAGAGUUAUAGAAAUCUCUGGUGUUUGAGCCUUCUGAGUCCUUUCAACUGUGUCACCAAGACAGUGCAAGAUCCCCAGCUUCCCUUCUUCCCUGCGGUGCUCCCGAAGGGAAGAGCUGUGGGGUAGGAGCAGCUCUAUGAGGAGUCCAGAGAUUGCCAUAACCAGAGGUAUGGAGAACUUGGUGGCUGGCUCCACCCUUCCUCCACUUUUUGCAGAUGAAGAUGGAUCUAAGGAAGGUAGUGAUAUUACUGUGACUGGAGUAGCUCAUUCUGAGAGUUCAUUCACUGGUGGAGCUUCACAGUCUGUGAAUAACCCAGAUUUGGUGGAGGAUUUGUCACAGGUUCAGCAGCUGCAAAAUGAGUCUUCUAAUACUGCUGAAAACACUGAGCAGAAACCUGAGGAGGAGCAGCAAAGAACUAAACGAGGAGGCUGGGCCAAAGGGAGAAAGAGGAAGAAACCUCUUAGGGACAGCAAUGCCCCCAAAUCCCCCCUCACAGGGUAUGUGAGAUUCAUGAAUGAGCGUAGGGAGCAGCUUCGAGCGAAGAGGCCUGAAGUCCCUUUCCCAGAGAUCACCAGGAUGCUGGGCAAUGAAUGGAGUAAACUGCCUCCUGAGGAGAAACGGCGAUACCUUGAUGAAGCAGAUAGAGAUAAGGAGCGUUAUAUGCGGGAACUGGAGCAGUAUCAGAAGACUGAAGCCUACAAAGUCUUUAGCAGAAAAGCACAGGACAGACAAAAAGGCAAAUCACACCGACAAGAUGGAGCAAGACAGCCAGUCCAUGAUCACGAGAAAGAAGCAGACACAAAAGAGAGAUCUGUUUUUGAUAUUCCAAUAUUCACAGAAGAGUUUCUGAAUCACAGUAAAGCACGUGAAGCUGAGCUGCGACAGCUGCGUAAAUCCAACAUGGAGUUUGAGGAGAGGAAUGCUGCUCUGCAGAAACAUGUUGAGAGUAUGCGUACUGCAGUGGAGAAACUGGAGGUGGAUGUGAUACAAGAGCGUAGCCGCAAUACAGUGUUGCAACAGCAUCUUGAGACCUUACGGCAGGCACUCACAACCAGCUUUGCUGGAGUCCCACUGCCAGGUAGCGGAGAAACACCUACAAUGGAAACUAUCGAUUCCUACAUGAAUAGGCUGCAUGGUAUUAUUAUGGCUAACCCACAGGAGAACGAGAACCUCAUAGCCACGGUCCGAGAUGUGGUGAACCGACUUGAACGCUAGUGACUGGGUCUCGUGACCCAGGGAUGGUUUACAAAAUUUGUUUGGCCAGUGUGGAAUAAGAAGCCAUGAGAGAAAGACUAGGGGUCGGAGGUAGAACUGCAGGUUGAUGCUGAUUCCUGCCUUUGUGGUUUGUCAGUGGGACAAACAGAUCAAUGUUUAGCCACAGAUACCACCACUAAACAUUUUGGAACUGCCCUCUGUGUAAACGUUUAAGAGCAUGUGACUUCUGUGCAAUCUUCAUUUUCUUAUUUUGCUGGGUGUGUGCGUGGCUACAUUCUGUGGACUUGCUGACUAUGGAGAUGAAAUCUGUGAAAUUAAGUUAGCUUGUGUGUUGUAGUCAUGACUUUGUGUUACAUUGCUUGAUGUCUUCUAGUGUUCUUUAGUUUGUUUUCGUGUUUAUCUUGUAGCUUGACCUUCCUCGAUUUUAGUUUCUUUGAUCUUUUUGUAUGAUACUUGCAGUACUGGAUAGCAGCGCUUGUGUUCUUUGCUAUAAUAGGCAGUCUUCCUUGCUGCACUGUCUUGUCCCAUCCUGCCUGCCAUGUUUAUGUAAAGUAUUCUUCAGCAGAAUCCUGUUUUUUCUGUUAGCCUUCAGCUUCUACAAUGUGAGAUUGCUCCUUGCUUGUGACUGGCUAUGGUUGGUUCUUUGUGACUCGAUUCCCCUAGGGACUUCUUCCCUCCCCCUCUCUUCAAGCACCUCUUUUGCACACAGCAGCCUGCUCUUCUAUGCAGAUCCGCUGUUAUCUCUUGAAAAUGUUUGGUGGAAUGUUUUACUACCACACAGGUCAUUGAUAAUCAAGGUAGAAAGUGAAGGGUUAGCUCUUCUCAGUUGGAUGGAAUCCUCCAUUUAGGACUAAAACAAAACAAAAUUUGCCUUUUUUCUGUUAUGUUGCUCACUCUAAUUGUCUGCUUACUUUCUGAGAGAAUGAUCUCAUGGUGAGAGCAGUAUUCUAUUAAAAAAGAAUGGGUGGGGGAAUUGCAUUUUUUUUCUGCCCUUCUGAAAUCAGUGCUGGGAAGCAAUGUGCCUGGAAGCAGCACGUAUAUUUGCAUGAAUUAUUAUAUCAGAGAAGGUUGUUAGCUAGGCCCGCAUUGCAGCCCAGAGAUUUCUACAUUACAGUGCGUGAUUUUCAACUUCUGUACAGCUGAAGUACAGCCUGUGGAGCCUAUAGCAUUCAGCCUAUUAUGUUCCAGUGUGACCUAAAUGUCCUUUCACCUGCAUCACGUACAACCUCACAUGCUAGAGACUGUAAUAUUACCGAGUUACGGCUGCAGCUCUUGUCAAAGGUGGCACCUACUGUCUGCACUAACUUAUGCAAAUCAUUUGCUGCCCUUUGGUUCCUGUCAAAUUGCUAAUUCAGACUGUGGUUGAGCACCUGUUGGACAUCUAUGGGCUUUAUGGUAAUGAUGGAAACAUGCUUUCUUCCACAUGACAAUCUCCUUGUUCCUCCGUCAGAAAUCUUUAAGGAUUUCCCUGUUACGAAUUGGAGAUUGCUUUCAUUACUUGAGUGCAUUGCAGUCAGGAUUGCUUUUGUGCAUCUGUAAUGUGAGUAUUUGAAGAUUAAACAGCAGUUUCUUCUUUCCCACGGUAUACACAUGGACUUCGUGCUUGCCUGAAGCUAUCUCCAGGUAUGACCUUGUAUGUCAGGUCUCUGCUUACUUCUGGGCUUAUUGCUGUAGCCAAGCAGCAAGGAUUUCCACGUAUAUUCAAGUCUUCCUUCAGGGAGAAAACUCCUUUCUCUUGUCUUCAGGCUCAUUUUCAAGACUUCACAAAAAGAAACCUUGAUUUGCUGAGUUGGAUCACCAUUAUUUUCUGUAACAUGGACAACACCAACUGAAGUUGACACAAACUUUUUCAGUGGAUUCUAUAACAAACGUGGGGGAAAAAAUCUUACGGAUUGAUGUCUCCAGAAGAAGCACCCAUACCUUUAAUCUGUGCGUGUUUUGCUUGGCAGCAUUAGUGACAGUUUAUUUUCAUUUAAAUGAGGCCAAAACAGACUGUAUAGGCAAAAGUUUGGAAAUGAAAUUCUAAAGCUGUCUGUGACAUCUUAUCCAAUACCUAGAGUUUCAUCCCAUAAAGAUUCCAGAAAUUGGUAUGUAGUGUGAUAGUAGGAUGCAAUUCCAAGCUGUUGAAUACACAUUCCAUAAAUAAGGUAUGGGUGGCUGCAGGCUGCCUUUGCUUAUAUAAAUUCAACACAACUAUCAGCUUGUGGCAUGCUGCUAAUACCUUGUUCUGUUGAGUAGCAUGUAAGUGUUCUUGGAUGGGAGAUUUAAGAUCAAAUUAUUAGUUGGGAGCUUGACAGAUCUUUUGCUUUUUCCCCACAAGGAAGGAGGGACGGUGGUAUACCCGUCUGUGGAAAGAGUAAUUUCUUGGUCACCAGUGAUACAACGGAUGUUUUGUCUCACUGAGAUGCUUCUUAUUUACACUGUUAAACCUUAUAGAAAUGUUUUUUUUGUCUUUCCAGUGUUUUCUGAAUGUCUUUUCAGUUUACAUUUUUCAGUGUUGGCUGAUUUGGAGAAGAAAUAAAAAAAAAUAAUGUUGGUGUCAAGGAGAGGAGCAGGAUAAAAUACUUUCAUCUCUUAAAGAAAUGUUAAGAGAAGUAUAUGAAAAAAUAAUGCAUUUCUUGGAUAAAUGUGUUUGGAAUUGUUGAGAUGCCAAGUUUUCUGUAAAAUGUUUUUGUAAUUAAACUUUUGGAGUCCUUUUCUUUUUAAGAAGUUGAUGUGCUGGUUGGACACUUGCUUCAUUAAAAUUGUUCAACAUUGAAUCCAUUCUGAUUCAAUUUUAAGUGCAUUUUUGUGAAAACUAUUAAUAGCAUUGCUUUCUUGUCUGAGAGACUGUCAACUCCAUGUUAAUCUUUGAAAAGAAAUAUUGAAUAUGCUCCUUCCCUCUCUCAUCCCAAGUGCAUCUCCCUCUGAAACAGCUAAAGCGGGUAGUUAUUUGUAGUGAUGAAAGCUUUGGAGAUUGUUUAUAAAUAAUUAUCAGGCUCCUUCCUGUCAUCAUCUGUUCCCAACUUGAGUAAACUUCCUAGAAUGUCAGGAACCUCUCAGUCUUCUCUUUGACAUCUUUGUCCUCCUCUGAACUCCCUAAUUUCUCACCACCAUGUUUGUUUUCCAUUCCUUUAAGGACCUUCUAUAUUGUAUGUGCUUCUCACCAAUUCGUUUUGUUUUCCCGAUUGAUUUUUUUCCAUGCAUCUUUCCUUCUGCUUGCUGAGUACGGAGCCAAACUAUAAACUUAUGAAAAUUGUACUUUGAGUGUUUGUCCUCUGUGGUGGAGGAGUUUGAAUGAUUUCUGCCUGCACUGGUGCACCUUCUGAGUUUGCAGCGCUGUAAACAACCGUGUGUUUGUGUUACUUUUCUGGUCACAUCUCACUUUGAUUGCCAAAUUAAUGCCUGGUAUUUCUGUAUACUAAGACAAUUCAGUUGCAUCUUCUGCAGCCUGGGACGAACUGCUUAUUUAGGUUUAUCAUGCUUUGGACGUGUUGCAGAACACUAAUUAUGGAAUGAUAAACAUAUCAAAAAUAGGAAUAUAACGAAGUCCUCAGUAUGAGUAUGGCCACUGUGACACUGUAGCUAUACCAGAGCUGGAGAUGGUGGUAGCAAAAUUGGGGCACACCUGUGCAAAAAAAAAAAAGGCAGCAAAUUCAAUGUAAGACAGAGGUCUGCUUCCUUUCUAACCGUAAGUGCUGUAUGUGGCAUUGUGAGCAGGUGGUGGUCAAUCACGCUCAAUUUAAGAUGUAGUCUUUAUGUAGUCUUAAAUUAAGACAAUUUAAGACAAUUCCAGUUUACUCUGCUGCCACUCAAUUAACUGAUAGUUAACAAUUGUUUAAGGGAAGUGAGGGGGAUUUAAGUUUUUGGAUACUUUUAAGGGGAAAAAAUAACUUCCUUAUUCUUUGGGAAGGUUAAUAUAUUUGGAGUUUGAAAUGAGAGCUUGUUUUGUGUCAACUGCUUCAUUUCAGUUGUAUCCUUCAGAGUUAGUACUGUACUCAGGCUCAUCAUUUACUUCUCCCACAGAAUUUUCUGCUUGUGAACAAUGAAUAGUUUUGCUGCUUCCUUCUUCCUCAUUGCUCAUACUUUUGAGUUUUAUAGGUUUUAGAACAUCUUGAUUAUAUUCAAGAUUUGUCAUCUUAAUUGCAAAGUCUGUGGACUCCGUAUUGUACCGUUUUGGUAUGUGGAAAGUAUCCACAUCCAUUUUGUAAUCCAAGGACCAACACUUACGAAAUCUGACUUAGGGGUUCCAUUAAUAAACUUGUCAUUCUUAUUUUGUUGUUUUUUGCUGGCUUUUAUCAUUUGUUGUAUAGACACUGAUGGUUUGUGUAUCUGAAGAUAUGGAAAAUUGGAGUUUGGGAGCUUUCGACAGGUGAAACUUUGAAGCUUACAUCUAGCCAAGUAGCUGGCCUGUCUUAUUGCUAUGAACUGAUAUAUGGAGACCUGUACGAUGUUAGUUUUUUAAUAUAUAUACACCAGAGUUCUGAAUAUUUGUAUCAAAGUAAUGACAAGCAAAAGCAGCUAGGAUAUUGUGAAGUACAAUUUUGGAAGUAAGAAAGGAGAAAGGUGACUUUACAAAUCAGACUAGAUAUAAAAACAUGGGGCUUCUUACUCUGUUUUAUAAGCUACAACUGAGUGGGAAAAAAAGUUUGCUGAUGGCAGUUGUCGCUCAACUAUGGUUAGUUUGUGGUCUCUGUUUUCAAGUUGUGUUGGGAGGGAGAUCGGCUGGAUAGUAUUAUAUUCUCUCAUUUUCCAUCUUUGGCUUAUGUUUCACCCCAGUAUAAGGACAAAUGCAACACAGAUUUUUCAUGUUUGCAUCUUCUUUGUAGUUACAAAGCAGUGUUCAGACAACUCUAGGUUUAAAAAAAAUCUGUUCACUUUACACUAUGUAGAUUUUAUUUGCAUGUGUAUCCUACUAAACUGAACUUAGUGCUGAAA